UGAGGGAAACGAAUGUCUCUUAAACAUACACAGACCUAUUACCCACCAUUCUUUGCAGCGUGCGUGUGCAAGAAACAUGAAAACGGCCAUGUCGUGGUAGCGCAGCUUGGUGGAAAGAAAGAACUGGCAAAAAUAGAUUGACGGAGACAAAGAGAGCAUCUUUCUGAUAUUUUACGCCAAGAAACUUUAUCCUGUAUAGUCAACAUACAAACUAAGCAGCGGGCAAAAUGAGUGGAGGGACUCCCUACAUAGGCAGUAAAAUUAGCCUCGUCUCGAAGGCCGAGAUUCGCUAUGAAGGAAUUUUGUAUACCAUUGAUACAGAAAAUUCGACUGUAGCGCUUGCUAAAGUCCGUUCUUUUGGCACUGAAGACCGCCCCACUGACAGGCCCAUUCCUCCAAGAGAUGAAGUCUUCGAGUACAUCAUCUUCAGGGGGAGUGAUAUCAAGGACCUUACUGUUUGUGAGCCCCCCAAAGCCACAAAUUCUUUGCCACAGGACCCUGCCAUUGUUCAAUCCUCUCUCGGAUCUACCAAUCCUCCUCCUGCAUCAUUCCAGCCAGCUGGGUCAUAUGCUCCGUUUAGCAGGGCACCUCUUCCCCCCUACAGCCAGCAGUUCAGCUGCACCCCUUUGGUGCCCCAGCCUUUUGGAGCAGUUGUUGGAGGGCGAUCAAGCCCUCAGCGUGAACCUCUGAGGAAGAGCCCUACCCUGGAGCAGGCUGUGCAGACUGCCCCUUCAGUUGUCUCAGCACCACCUGUUCCAGUGGGACAAAGGAUCCCAGCAGCAGCAUCAGGACCCAGGCCCUCUACCACUGCAGGAAGCCAGAGACCCCCUGACUUGCUGGAGCAGAGGCGGGGCCCUGAGGUCCAAAAACUGUCCAGACCAGAUGUUGAGCAAGGGGGUGCCGAUAACCGUGAAGUCAAUAGACGUCAAGGUGGUGGGUUUCAGGCUGGCCCCCAGCCUCCCCGGCGUGGGCGUGGAGGAGGUCACCGUGGCAGGGGACGCUUCACUGUCCGCAGGGACGGGCCCAUGAAGUUUGAGGAAGACUUUGACUUUGAGAGUGCCAAUGCUCAGUUUAACAAGGAGGAGAUUGACAAGGAGUUCCAGAGCAAACUCAAACUGAAAGAUGACAAACCAGAAAAGGCAGAUAAGGCUCUCAACGGAGAGGAGAAGGUGGACUCUGGAGUGGAAACCCAAAACAGUGAAGGCAAUGUUGAGGAGGAAGAGGCACCAGCAUCCAGCUGUUACUAUGACAAGUCCAAGUCCUUCUUUGACAACAUCUCUUGUGACGAUACAAGGAAAGCAGCUGAAAGAGCCGCUGGCUUCAAUAGGGAGCGACGGCAGACUUGGGCAGAAGAGAGGAGGAUGAACUCUGAGACAUUUGGGAUCCCACUGAGGCACAACAGAGGCCGGGGAGGGUUCCGUGGCCGAGGGGGUAUGGGCUUCCGUGGUGGGCGUGGGCGUUCGGCGAGCCGGGGCUCCUUUGGUCCCCCCCGUGGAGCCCCUCCUGGCUUCAGAGGUGGCUUUAGAGGGGGCAGAGGUGGCCAGCAGUUCUCUGACUUUGAAUACAGGAAGGAUAACAAAGUGGCUGCGUAGUACUUCAUAGGCAAGAUCGGAUCCAAAAAGAAUUGUAGCCCUUCAAGGUCCAGUUAUUUGUUUUUGUCUCAACUUCUGACAACAAGAAUGAAGAUGUACUCUGUAAAUUUGUCACCAGCACUGGGGUUGACCGACUUCAACGGGUGUGAAUGCAGCUUCUUUACCCAGUUCCUUUUUUAAAUCAAAGGAAUGUUUUUUUGGAGAAAAUGUUAAGCUUUGUUUGACAUACAGUAAUCAGAGGGACAAGUACACAUGUAAAUACCUUACUUCCGUGGAAUUAUUCAGUAUUUUUGCAUCUAUUCGAGUUCCUUUCUUACUGAAAUUGUAUUUGAAAUUGUUCUGUUAUGUGUAAAGAUGUAUGCAGAAGCCCGCUGAUACUGUGAUGAGUACUUCGAUCACUUAAAAAUAGCUUUAUUUUUGGGAUUUAUCCUGUAAGGUAUCUUGGGAGCACUAAAAUCCUUUGCAUUUCCUGUUUGGUUACAGUUUUUAAAUAUACUCUUACUACACAUCUUGGUAGCCAGUUAUCCAGUAUUUCAAACAUCCAGCUGUACUUUUGCCAAGUUUUUUAGUCGGAGGAAAAUUCUUGUUUCAGUGUUUUGGGGUAUAUCAAGUUGAUUGUGGCUUGCAUGGGCUUACUUGGCUUUUGUUUUAGAGAUUCUGCCUCAAAAAGUUAUUCAUUCAGAUACACUUGUAAUGUGACAUUAUAUACAUGGAAAGAAACGGAAGGACAUCCUGAAUAAAACUUAAGAAUAAGA